AUGCUGGAUGGUGUGGAUGCCGUUGACAGUCCUACCGACUGGCAGAUCUUUGAUAAGGCCGCAGAUGCGACAUUCGCCAACCUGCCGACUUACACGGGCAAAGCUUUCACUCGCGAUGAUUGGGACCAGCUUUUUGGACCGUGCGAGGCUGUCACUGAUGUUGCCUCUAUGUUUGCGCCUCAGCUCAUCGAGGCGUACCCGGAAGCCAAGAUCGUCCUCGUGCGGCGAGACAUUGAACGGUGGUACAAGAGCCUCGACGAAAGCGUGCUCAAGGCCCUUUGGGGGCCCGUUCCAGAGUUCUUCGUCUCGUAUGUCGAGCCUCUCCUAGGGUCCGUGGCAGGACCUGCAAACCGAAAGAUAAUGUAUGGGUUCUUCGGGGCUUUAGACGUCGAGACCAUCAGGGCCAAUGCCCGAGAUAAGUAUCGACAGCAUUAUGAACAAAUCAAGGAGAAGGUUCCCGCGGAAAAUCUCCUCGAGUUCAACCUAGCAGACGGAUGGGAGCCACUAUGCAAAUUCCUUGGCAAGGAGGUUCCGGACAUGCCAUUCCCACAUGCCAAUGAAGCUGCAGCUUUGCGGCAGAAAAUUGUCCGGAAACAGAUGACGAUGUUACAAAGCGUGGUGUUUGCCCCGGCAAGGUUCGCGGCGCGCCUGAUUGGGUGGUAG